AUUUUGUAUUUUUGUACAUAAUUUGCAAUUUUACUAUUUUGCAAAAUGACAAAGUUGCUGCAAUGGGUUUGUGUUUUGGGGCUGAUAUUUACGAUAUGGAUUACUUUAUUGAUGGAUAUACUCCCUUUUCCAAUAAGCAAAGAAAUUAAAGACGUACUAUUACCGUUUCCCCUCUACAUGGUCAUAGUUUUUGGGUGCUACUCUUUGGUAGUAAUUGGCUAUAGGGUAAUAACUUUCAAUGACUGUGAAGAUGCUGCUGACUCACUAAGAAAGGAAAUCCAAGAAGCAAGAAAAGACUUAUCAAGAAGAGGCUUUAAGUUUGAUUAGAUCUUUUAAACUUCAUCAAAUGCAUAGUGAAUAUUUAAAACUGUCAGCAUGAUGAUGUAUCAUCAACUACAAAAAUUCAUCAACAUUUAAACCAAACCAGGCCAACAGAUUAUACACGUGUAAAUAUAACUUUACACAGAUUUUAGAACGACACUCACAUGGAAAUCUAUAUGAAUAAAGAGUUAUUUAUCACAAAAAAUGAAAACAAAAUUAAGCAUUCCUAGGUUGUACUUCUUGUUCCAUGGCUGUAGCUGGUGAGAAGAUGUGACAUGUAUUUUUGAGCAACAUGUGUUAUGAUUUGUACUUUAGAAUAUCAUUUAGAAUAUAUUAGGCACAGACAUAGUAAUACCCUAUCCCUCAGGCUAGUUUGAACCUGUGGUCUUGUCUAAGCUA